AUGCACUGUGUGGCCUUCGUCCUGGACGCCUCCAAAGUCUUCAUCACCUCCUACUCCAAAGGAACCAUCAGCCUCCUGCAGCAGCUGAGGCACCACAUCAGCCACCUGGGAGUUCAUCAGGUCGUUCUUCUGACCCACGUCGACAAAAUCUGCAAAGAAACAGAAUCAGACACAUCCGAGGUUUACAACAGCAAAGUGAUCCGCGAGACGAUGCUGAAGGCGGCCGAGCUGGUGGGCCUGUCCCCGAGCUCGGUGGUCCCUGUGAGGAACUACUGGUGUGAGCUGGAGCUGGAUCUGGCCACAGACGUUCUGCUGCUGCGAGCCAUGGACCUCCUCCUGCAGUACACCCACCUGUACUACAGGGGGCAGCAGAGAGACACACACAAGGACCAGCUGGACUAG